UGGUUGGUUGAUUGACAAUUUUAAAGCGUUGGAAAGCUCUCAUCGAUAAUCUGCAGUGAUUUUUCUGGCAGUAUAUAGUUGUAGGUUGCACAAAGUGUUAACAUUGAGGCGUUAUCUUUAAUUUUGCAAUAAUUGUCUACUAGAUGAUCAGGUUAAAAUAAUCUAUCUUUAUAACACAGUGUUAUUUUAACUCUACAGUAAUUUAAAGACAUGGAUAAAAGUUGAGAACAUCUAGUUAAAGUGACUUUCGACUAACGAUAUCAGAUAACAUAUGAACAAUAACAUUCUUCCUUAAGUGUAAAUUCCGGGUCCUGUCAUAUAUUGGUGACCUGGAUUGUACUUUACGAAGACUCAUUGCUUGUUCUUUAGAAAAAUAUAUCCGCUGUGAACCUUUUAAAUAUUUUUCUAAAAGCAAUAGCUACACUGCAAAUAUAUAUAACGACAUCAAGUUAAAAUAGAAAUAACUUUACGAGGUGAUGUCUUUUGUUUUAUGUUAAAGAAAAGCUACUUUUUUGGUGUUUUUUACGUAUUUUGUGAUUUAUAUUUCUUUGUACCGAGUAAACCUGAUUCUGGAAAUGAGAGACAAAGAAUAAUUAUCGGUGUAACUAUAUAACAUCUCGUAUUGGUGAGAAUUCCAUGUCAAGUAUUUAACUGACCUUUCAAAACUUUACUUCGUCUUUGCAAUCAUUCCGAUACAGACGUUUAAGUUGUUAUAUGUGAUCAAGAUAAACAAAUUAACCCCAUUGAGAUUUCAACAAUAAUUUCAAUACAUUUCAUGUUAUGAACAGUUGCGCUGAAGGAGUACGAUCUUAAUUUGCUCAGAAAGAUAUUGAAAUACCAUGGCAACAAAUGUUACCCGCAAUGUUACAAAUGACAGUCAGUGUUUCGAUUUAGGACCAAUUAAAAAAGAGCCAUUUGGAGGUUUGAUAAAAUGGAUUGCUCUCACAGAGGCAGCAGGAAUAAUUAUACUUAAUACCCUUCUUAUACUGUUGUUAGCCAGACGGAAGAAACCAAGCAGAAUGGCCUUCUUUGUUCAACACUUAGCAAUAGCUGAUUUAUCAGUAGGAGUGCUAUAUGUUUUACCAGACACUAUUUUUUCAAGGUUUCUUCAUAGCUGGGAGAAACAUUUGUGUUUGUUUCUUUAUGGAUUUUGUGCAAAUAUAACAAUAUUUGCAUCCACAUUUCUAAUUGUUGUUCUGACGAUCGACAGAUUAUUUGUAAUAAUUAGACCAAUAUCAGCUUCAAUGACAGGAAAGAAAUAUCGUUAUGGAUUAGUAUCCUGCGCAUGGUUGCUAGCUAUCAUAAUAGGCAUACCCUAUGCUGCUCAUGCGUACUUUUCGUGCACGGUUCAGGGUAUAAAUAUAUGUGGUCAUGAUUUCGAUAAUACGAAGGCAGUAGUUGUUGCUGAAGUUUUUAUCAAUGUUGUAAUUCCUGUCAUUAUCAUAUCAUUCUGUUACACAUGGAUUGUAUAUGUCAUCAAGAGACGAGAAAAGGCGGGAUUCAAUGCACCACAGAAGGUCAGAUUCUCAGACGGGUCUACAACUUUGAUUGGUAAUUUCAAGAAAACUGAAUCUAGUUGAUCUUCCGUGAUAACAAAGGCUAAGAAGAAAACUAUAAAGAUUUUGUUAGUAGUAGUAAUCGUGUACAUCGUUAGUUGGACUCCAAUUAAUGUGGCACAAGUACUGAGCGCAUUUGAAUUUAUUCCGCCAAACGAAAUUUUUCUCUUUUUACAUGUGCUAGCCCCGGUUAACAGUAUAAUGAACCCAUUGGUAUUCUUGAUAUUUAAUCGUCAAAUGUUUGUGCAGGAUAGGAGUAGAAGUACGAGUACUGCAUAUAACACCGCUACUCACAUUGAAUCCGUUCAUCAUUGAAGGACAUAUUGUGCGGACAUAUUGCAUUUUAAUGCAUGGAAUUCGGGACAAACACCGUGUGAUUUUACCUUGGAAUGUAUAUAUUAUAAAUGAAAGACAUCUAUCGAAAACAUUUUCAUAACAUAGAAUAUACAACAAAGUAUUGCCUUGCUGUUGCUGUCAAAUAUGAAAGACGAAUAUAAAGAGGAAGAGUUUCAAAAUUUAUUUGUUUUUUUAAGAUUUCGAAAUGAAAAAUUCCUUUUAAUGUGUAUCCGUGCCUCAUUUGGUCUGCAUUUGCAAAUCUUAUUGCUAUUUUUUUUCCAUUCAAUUUUAAGAUAACCUUAUAUAUGAAUAUAUCUGUCACACAUUUUAAUAUGACGGAGAUGAUCAAGGAAGUUAAUUUACCGUUGAUUGUACAUGAAAAAAAAAACCUUCAUUCAUUAACUAUAAAAAGAAAUUCGGCCAACGUAUGUCAGAUCUUGUUUAAUCUUUAAUCUUUUAAGAGCAAAUCGUUUACCACUUGUUUUAAAGAAUAAUUUUCCGAUGUAUACAUAAAUCCGAAUGGGAUAUUAGCACCCUGUAUGAAAACAUAGAACAUGUAAUUAAAAUAAAGUUCUUAGAAAUGUACGUUUUGUUAUAGAGAUAAUAAUAAAUAACAAAUCACAAAAACGAGUCUAACACCAAAAUCUAACAAUUGAAAAGACUAGCAAUCAAUAAGAGCGACCAAUACGUUACUAUAAAAUCUAAUAUCGUCCAUUAAACUUAAUUUUAUUCCGAUUUCCCAUUUACACCAUAGUAUCCUAAAUGGAUUGUAAAAUAGUGCGAAUAGCUUUAACGCAUUUCUGUUAUAUUUAUGAUUACAGUAUAAAAAAAACAGAUGCAAAAUGCACAUAAUGCAACAUUUAUUAAAUGAAAAAAAAGUUAAUGUUGUUAUCAUCGUGACAAAUUAUCUUUUGAUUCUUUUUUUUGAGAAAUGGAUGUACUUUUACGAUGAAGAGAAAAACUACGUUGGGACUUAUGUAUAGUAUUUACGGAUUAUUACAGGAACGUUCAUUAGGAGAUAACUGUAUUGUAUUUUAAGCUCCGACGGCAUCAAUUGGGGAUUUGAGGGUCGCAAAUAAAGUUUACUGGCGACGCGUUAGCGGAGACAGUAAACGGGUAUUUGCGACCAUCAAAUCCCAAAUUGAUGCCGUCGGAGCUUAAAAUACAAUAUUGUUCUCUCCAUUCUAAUGAAACUGAUAGAAAACAACGUUAAAACAUGUAUUUAAAAUCUGUCAUAUGCCGUCUGCGCUUGCGCGUACGUCCCACAGCAUCAAUUGUCAAUUGAUGCCAUGUAAGAAAGUGACGUUAUCCAAUCAAAAUUAACGUUACAAACGUUGUUGCAUUAGAAUUUCAGAUGACUUUUUAAUUUUUUUGUAAAAAUAGAAAAGAAUUGUGGACAAAUAUUGUAAAGAUGCAUUAGCUGCCGAAUUCAUACAAACUGAACUUAUUCUAACUCUUCAAUUUGAUGUAAUGCAUAUCAAACUUUAUUCAAAACUAUAAAAGUUUCAUCGGAAACAUAAUGCGCGGAAUCAAUAUAAAGCACGUUUUGUGUAUAUUACUGACUAAACGGAAUCUAAUAAACAAAUGAAAACAUUCACAUGAAACUAUAUAUUGACUCCGGUAAAGUAAUUAUUUAAAUGAGAUAAAUAAAAAUAUUAUACAACUUGACAGGUAAAAUACAGUCUUUUCAAAGGGGCACUAUCUACGAGAUAUAUGAAAAAACUAAUAUAUAUAUUUUUUGCCUCAAUCAGUAAUGAAAUACAAAUAGUGAAAUAAUAAUUACUUUGUAGAAGCCAAUAAGGUUCAAUUUUGUCAAAAUAAGCAAAACAAAAUUGAUUCGACCUCAUGAAUCCGUGUUCAUGUGAACUUAAAUUUAACCCUUUAGCUUGAGAUAGAUAGCACGUGAAUUGUAUGUGUAAAGUUAUUUAAAGGAAGAGAAUGUCAACAUUGAAAAUGAAACUAAGUAAAAUCGUUUGAUUGAUUGAUUCGAUCAACAAAUAAACAUUCUAAUACAGGUAAAUACGACGAUAAACAUUUAUUUUUUAUCUGUAAUAUGAAAUUAAAUAGACCUUCAUCAGCACGUGUUUGCUUAAUCCAUUUAUAUUUAUCUUUACAUCGCUAAUAUGAUCAUCGGAUGACUACAGAGGUCAACUCGAUAAAUAAUUAGAUGGCGUUUAAACUCAAAUAAACACGAAAUGAAGCUACGUAUUUUCAUGUCUGUGCCUUGUUUAUUGUUUUAUUUAGACUUUUAACAGUUUGGAUAAAUGUUUUACAUUGUUAUAAAUUAAUAUGAGAAUCAAUUUUCUCUGUACGUUUGGUACGCGUCGGUCUAUACACCAAUGUGUGACGCAGGCAUAAAGUAUAUUCUUGGGAAUGCAGUUUUAUUCUAAGUAUCACAUAAAAUAUUCAAUUACUAGACAAACAGCAAUGAAGCAUUAACUGAAAUGCGAUAUAGAUAUCUUACGCUAACUCCCAACGAUGCACAAUUAAACUAACAAGUAAAUCGAAAACCUUCACAUUGGCAAUAUCACCGUUUUUUUUUUUUAUAUAUCAAAGGUGAGCAUAAAGAAACGCGUUUAAGCCUCCUGACCGGAGCUGAAUUUGAAUGUUUAAUUGGAUAUCAUUUUAUUAAGCAUUUGUUUUAGUUAAUUAUGGGGAAGUCCGUGAAAUUUAUGUUUACGUAAGGGUUUUUAAAAGUGAUUUAUUUCUUAUAUUGUAAACUAGUUUUAUUCUGCUUAAUAUAUUAUAUUAAUGUCAGUAUAAUCUUUUAUAUACCAAUGACUUAAUGAUAUUGUCCAUUUAAAAAUGUUUCCAUGUUGUGAACACUGGCCAUUACUAUAGGUCUAGCACAUAAAUCAAUCGAUUAAAGUUUACAUAAUUUCAGAAACAAUGGCAUUUAAUUGAUAUACGAUCUUCAGUCGGAUGUCCCUUUGUCCCUUAGCAGCCAUAAUAUUUUUUUGUUAACUAUCCGCUAGUACAUGGAUUUAUAAAUGAAAAGCACGUGAAAUAAAAAUACUCUCUUGUUAUAAUUGCUGCUACGGGAAAUAUAUAAUAUGUGUAAAGACUUAACAUGAACAUAAGGAAACAUAAAAAAAAUUCAAUGAGACAGCAGUAGCUGCUUUGGGAAAUACUGGUAAUACACAGUCUAUGUUUUGACUAAACAGGAACAUAAGGAAAUAUGAAGUAUUCUCCAAUGAAACAGCAAUAGCUGUCACCAGAAAUACAGGUACCAAAUAGCCUAUAUAUUGACUCAACAUGAGCAAGAAAUAUGAAUUACAAAUUAAUGAGACAUCAACCCUAAAGAAAACAAAUGUUUAAACAUUUUGAAGACUGAACGUGUCGUAAUAACAGGGUAUACAAAUAUUGUCUUAAGUGUUAAUAAAUGGGAUAAGAAUUUUCAUUAACACUUUCAUGAAAAUGAAGAUUCUGAUUCCGUAAGAUGGUUGAAUUUAUACUUAAUGUUGUGUUUCUUAAAAUUGUGCUGAAUCAUUUUUUAGAUAUAAGUAUUUAACUUCCCGAGUGUAUGUAUCACAGCAAAUUAAUUAAAUCAGACAUUAGACAACAAAGACAUCUUGUAUUCAUUUAUUUCAAUUGUUUUUUA